GAGUCUCACCUCCUUAAAUUCAUAUAUCUAUGGAAGAUAAGGAAGAAGUGGAGCUUCAUGGAUCAUGGCCAAGUCCUUUUAUGUAUAGAGUAAUUUGGGCAUUGAAGCUAAAGAGAAUACCUUUCCGAUACAUAGAAGAAGAUCUCUCCAACAAAAGUCAAUUGUUGCUAAAAUACAAUCCAAUUCAUAAGAAGAUCCCUGUGGUUGUUCAUGGUGGAAAACCUAUUUGUGAAUCAAUGGUGAUCCUUGAAUAUUUGGAAGAAACUUGGCCACAUCAAUAUCCUUUGUUGCCCAGUGAUCCUCAUGAUAGAGCUGUUGCGCGAUUUUGGUGUAAAUUUGCUGAAGAUAAGGGUCCUUGCAUCUGGAUGAUGUUUAGGACAAGUGGAGAAGAACAUGAAAGGGCAGUGAAAGAUAGCCUAGAAAUGCUCAAAACCAUAGAGGAAGCCCUAGCCCUAGGAGGAGGAAAGAAGUUUUUUGGUGGAGAUGAAAUUGGGAUGGUGGACAUAGCCUUUGGAGGGAUUGUUCGUUGGAUGGAAGUUAUUGAAGAUGUUGUGGGAGUGAAAUUACUUGAACCUGCAGAAUGCUUUCCUAAAUUGCAUGCAUGGAUGAUGAAUUUUAAGGAAUCAUCCGUCAUAAAAGAGAAUCUUCCUGAUAAGAGCGAGAUGUUUGUGUUUUUUAAGAAUUUGAGGGAAAAAUUGGUGUGAUGAGUAUGAUUGAAGAACAAGAGAAAACUUAGCAUGUUAUUAAGAGGAAUAAGAAAAAAAAAAAGCAUGUAUUAAUAAACCAUGUGGUAU